UGCGCGUGCGGUCGUUUCAGCGACGCUGUGUCUGUUGGUGAGAGCAGCGACACUCCGCGGUCCUCGUUUAAUUCCGUGCCGAGCGUUUUGUCAAUUUCAUCGAAAUGGAUCCAGUAAAAAUGUCCAUGCAGCAGCACAGCAGAAAACGCGUCUGCUACUAUUACGACAGUGAUAUUGGAAAUUACUAUUACGGCCAAGGACAUCCUAUGAAGCCACAUCGCAUAAGGAUGACGCACAAUUUACUUUUGAACUAUGGUCUUUAUAGGAAGAUGGAGAUAUACCGGCCUCAUAAAGCCACAGCAGACGAGAUGACGAAAUUUCACAGCGACGAGUAUAUUAGAUUUCUGAGAUCUAUAAGGCCAGAUAACAUGUCGGAGUACAACAAGCAAAUGCAACGAUUUAAUGUAGGAGAAGACUGUCCUGUUUUCGACGGUCUGUAUGAGUUUUGUCAAUUAUCAGCCGGCGGAUCAGUAGCCGCCGCUGUAAAGCUUAAUAAACAAGCUUCUGAAAUCUGUAUUAAUUGGGGCGGCGGAUUACACCAUGCAAAAAAAAGUGAAGCCUCCGGCUUUUGCUACGUGAAUGAUAUUGUGCUUGGAAUAUUGGAAUUGCUCAAGUAUCAUCAGAGAGUCUUGUACAUUGAUAUUGAUGUUCAUCACGGCGACGGUGUAGAGGAGGCUUUUUAUACGACAGACAGAGUAAUGACAGUUUCGUUCCACAAGUAUGGCGAGUAUUUUCCUGGAACUGGAGAUCUUCGUGAUAUCGGGGCAGGCAAGGGAAAAUACUAUGCGGUCAACAUACCUUUGAGAGAUGGCAUGGACGAUGAGAGCUAUGAGUCGAUCUUUGUCCCUAUUAUCUCAAAAGUGAUGGAAACGUUUCAACCUUCUGCUGUUGUUUUGCAAUGUGGGGCUGAUUCAUUGACGGGCGAUCGAUUGGGAUGUUUUAAUUUAACCGUGAGGGGUCAUGGCAAAUGCGUGGAGUUCGUGAAAAAAUAUAAUUUGCCUUUCUUGAUGGUUGGAGGUGGUGGUUACACCAUCAGGAACGUGUCCAGAUGUUGGACAUACGAAACAUCGGUUGCUCUCGGAUGUGAGAUCGCUAAUGAGCUUCCUUAUAAUGAUUAUUUUGAAUAUUUUGGCCCAGACUUCAAAUUACAUAUUAGUCCAUCAAACAUGGCGAAUCAAAACACUCCUGAAUAUCUGGACAAAAUAAAAACGAGACUGUUCGAAAAUUUAAGAAUGCUACCUCAUGCCCCUGGCGUACAAGUCCAGGCAAUACCAGAGGAUGGAGCGGUUAUUGAAGAUUCGGAAGCUGAAGAAAAGGCAAAUCCGGAUGAUAGAUUGCCUCAGCGCGACCUAGAUAAAAGAAUGCAACAUGAAAACGAAUAUAGUGAUAGUGAAGACGAAGGCGAAGGUGGGCGAAGAGACAAUAGAUCGUACAAGGGAUCUAGGAAGCGCCCUCGUUUGGAAAAAGGUCAGGAGGCCAUGGAUACUGAUGUAAAGAAAGAAGAUGAUAUAAAGACGGAACCAAAAGAAAACGAAAAGGACGAAAAAAUGAACCCCACGAAUGAGGAGGCGAAGAAAGAUGGCGGGGCGAAUCCCUGAUAGACGAUUGCCCCGGAGCAUCUCAGAAAAUGGAGAAGUUCUUAUUUAAAUUAAGUAACAAAUAAGUUUAAAUAAUUUAAAUAAUGGCAGCACACACAGUGCAUAGAUGUCUGUUGCCUCUACCUCGCGCGCGUCUUAUAAUUCGAAAUUAUUAUGUUUUUAUCAAAAAUCUUGUGAAAAAUGUUUAGACGUCUAGAAAUAUCGGAUUUAUUCGUGGAGUGUCAUCCUCAUUGAAAUUGACACGUAUGAGCGUGUACGUAGUUUACAGUACCCUGUAAUUUUAAUCAUAGACGGUUAGGAAUUUCGAAGCGUAUCUCUGAGUGUUUUAAAAUGUCUUUUUUUUCCCCGGAAGGUGAAAGUACCGCACAAAACCGAUUAAAAAUAUCCAUGUUUGCGAAACGAUGUUUCGAUCGAUUCGGCAGAAUUUUAUAAAAAUCUGACCGUGAUUCUUUUUAUACAUAUUUGUUUAUUAUAGCGUAUCACUUCAACUUGUAGUGUCUCAAUUUUCGUACGAGAGAUCAUGAAUAGAUCGUGACUGUGUUUCAAAACUUUUUAUAUAAGUACUUCAAGGAUUUUUACAAACACGUACAUACACAUCCACAAUUAGUCCAAGAUUAAAUCAUAAAAUAUUGACGAUCGAUUUAGAACAUUAACGAGAUUUAAGACUACAUUUCGAUAUUUACUGUCAGCAACUGUCGUAAAAUAUAGAAAAAUAUAGAUUUUCAGUACUGACAGUGAAUAUCGGAAUGCAGCCUAUAUCGCCCGAAUGCUGCUGCAAUCAAACUCAUGUGAGAUACAUAGGAUACAUAUGUAAACAAUAAACAUACGUCGGCCGCAUGCAUUUUGUUUGCGCGAUCGGCGCGUACGUCUUCUUACCCAUUCGUGAUUGAUCGAACCACUCGAUAGAGACCUACACAAUUUAUACUAAGGAAGGGAUAGAACUAUCUCUUAAAAGCAACUGCUCUUGAAAAAUCGUGCGUUGAUGAAUCUGUUCGCUUCCUAUUCUUGUACAUAAUACGCAAAUUAAUCUUAAAGGAAAUUAAUCCUUGCAUGCAAUAACAAUACUGUAAUCAUAAUGAUAUCCUUUAUGAAGGAAUGUAAAAUACAUGUCUUACAUUACUCGAAAAAUUAGCAAAUGUUCCUUUGGCUACCCCUUGGGUUUGUCUGAUGAAUUGCAGUGAAUGUUAUUAUUAGCUUGUAACAUAGAGAGCAAAAGUUACAGGAAAUAUCUGUAGCUUGACAAAAUUGAAAGCUUACAUAUGUUUCAUUCUAUUGGACUUUAUAGGAAGAACUUGUUACAAGUUAAUUUCCACGUUCUGAUUAGGUAAACUAGAGAGGUAUCUAAGAAAGGAAUGAAUAUCCUGAUAUUUUUGAGUAAUGUAUACGCAGGAGAGAAACACAAAAUGAGGUCGGAAAGGAAAUGCGGUAAAGCUAGGGCAGUUGAUGAUUUAUGUAAUCAAUUUCAAGUGUAAUUGUAGAAUUUUAAACGUAUACUAGACAAGACUUAUCUUAAUUUAUAUAUAGAUAUAAAAAAAGAUAUGAAAAUUUAUUCACGUGACAUCCGGAUUGAUCUCUGCGAGAGAUGAAUUCAAGAUCGCGGUGUCAUUCCAAGGAUCGAACCUGCGUCGAUCUUGGCGUGUAACAAAGAUUUCAUAACAAAAUCUGCGUUCAAGCUGCAUUCUCACGUAUUUCCAGAUUUUCGUAUGCGAGAGCAAUAAUUGCGUAUUUCCAACCUUAUGUACAUAAAAUUUGUCCUCUUUUCUUUUCUUUGCGAUGCCAGAAUACUCGAUCAAGUCGGAGCGGCGGCCGUGAUCGAUUUUACUUGUAAUAAUCUGUAACAUGCGAUGAUUGAUUGACAUCAUACACAAAGGCAAAUUCAAAAGGAUUAUCGCGUUAUGUCUCGUGUACGUCAAUUCGAGAUAUAGAUCAAGUAUUAGAUAUUUAAUGUCCACGCAUAAGAGUACACAUAUGGACGUUUUUAAAUAUUUAUAAUAAAAAAAAAAUAAAGAAAUCUAUAUAUGUAA